UGAUUGGUCAGUUUGGGAAACAGGAAGUAAAACAUUGAUGGUUGCUCUCCAUCACUUUGCUGUGGAUGCUCUGCUCGCUGUGUUUGCAGCCGUUCGGCAAUAACGAUUAUAUUUUUUGAGGAGGAGGGGACCGACCAACUGCCAUCAUGUCGAGCAAACGGGCCAAGGGAAAGAACACCAAGAAGCGUCCUCAGCGUGCCACCUCCAAUGUGUUCGCCAUGUUUGACCAGUCUCAAAUCCAGGAGUUCAAGGAGGCCUUCAACAUGAUCGACCAGAACAGGGACGGUUUUAUUGACAAAGAAGACCUUCAUGACAUGCUGGCCUCAUUAGGUAAGAACCCCACAGAUGAAUACUUGGAGACGAUGAUGAACGAGGCGCCGGGCCCAAUCAACUUCACCAUGUUUCUGACCAUGUUUGGGGAGAAGCUGAACGGCACAGAUCCGGAGGAUGUGAUCCGUAACGCUUUUGCCUGCUUUGACGAGGAGGGCACAGAAUCUAAACCUGGCCUUCUUGGCGAAGGUAUAAUCCAGGAGGAGUACCUGCGGGAGCUGCUCACCACGAUGGGCGACAGGUUUACAGAUGAAGAAGUGGACGAGCUCUUCCGGGAGGCGCCCAUCGACAAGAAAGGCAACUUCAACUAUGUAGCAUUCACCCGCAUACUGAAGCACGGCGCCAAGGACAAAGAUGAUUAGUGACAAAACUCUGGGUGUGGUUUAUUCUGUACGGAAGCCCUGAACCGCAAGUGAAGAAAUUUUUUUUUUGAGAUG